UUUUAGAUCCCAACGUGCUGAAUGUGUCCUUACAGAGGGGGGUUUCAUCAGCGAUGAGGUCUUUAAAGAGCUGGUGGACGCUCUCAGCCAGUAUUCUGACCAUGAAGAUGACGAGGAGGAGGAAGGAGCAGCAGCAGGAGGAGCAUCCGUGGAGGGUUCAGCGAAGAAGGACGAUGAGAGGAUGAUGAGGAGGAGCUCACUGGAGAGCUCGGAGGAGACGAAGGCUGGAGCCUUCGUUAGGAGGAAAAGGAGAAGCACGACUGAGGUGAGAGAUUUGUCCGGCAGCAAGAGGAUCCCCAGCGAUAAAAUAUUUACAGCCAUCGCCUCGAUGUUCCCCUACAAAGGCACCACGGAGGAGCUGAAGGAAAAGUACAAGGACCUAUUGGAGCCCUCCAGUCAAGUGAAACUGCCCCCGCUGUGCACCCCGAACUUAGACGGACCUUUUGCAAAGUCUGUUCAGAGAGAGCAGUCCUUACACUCCUUCCACACUCUCUUCUGCAGACGCUGCUUCAAAUACGACUGUUUCCUCCACCCUUUUCGUGCUACCCCUAACGUUUACAAGAGGAAAAGUAAGGAGAUCCGCAUGGAGACGGAGCCCUGCGGGGAGGACUGCUUCCUGUUGCAGAAGGGGGCUAAAGAGUUUGUGGAUCAGAAUAUGCGACGCUCGCAGAGAUCUCGGCGGCGACGGAGGCACCAGCGCGCCACCGGUUCCAGCGGUCCUGGACCGUCUGCGUCUGCAGAGGACAGCAAGGAGGGCGACAGUGACCAUGAAAGCACUUCCUCUUCAGGUCGGAAAAAUGCUUUUGUCGAUUAGUCGUUACUUUAUAUUAUAUGGAGUCAGAGUGUAGUAAAGUUAAAAGUUAUAAUGGCAUUAUGCUAGCUUUUUGAACUAUUUGGGCAUUUAU